AUGGACAACGACGACGCUAUAGCCAUAAUAGGUAUUGGAUGUAAGUUUCCAGGAGCUGACAACCAAGAGGAAUUUUGGCAAAUACUGGUGAAUGGCGAGAAUCAUGUUAUUGAUAUACCAUCUGAACGAUGGAACAAUGAUGCAUUUUAUAGCAGCGACCAAGACGCAAAAGGAAAGACAUAUAUUCAAAGGGGAGGAUUUCUGAAAAACCAUGAUGAAUUCGAUAACAAGUUAUUUGGGAUCAAUGACCUUGAAGCAGAACGAAUGGAUCCUCAACAGAGAUAUGUGCUUGAAUGCGUCCAUAUGGCUUUGGAAGAUGGCGGCAUCACACGAAAUAUGAUUAGUGGAUCGGACACUGGAGUUUAUAUUGGUUUUAUGAAUAACGAUUACAAAGGAAUAGCCGAUGACGAUCUUACUACAAUGACAAACUACAGUCUAACUGGAACAUCUCCAAGCAUUAUUUCCGCUCGUGUAUCAUAUGUUUAUAACUUGCUUGGACCGGCAAUGUCAAUAGAUACUGCAUGUUCAUCUGCUUUAGUUGCAAUCGACGUUGCUGCUCAUAGCUUAAGAAUGGGGCGCAGUUCAAUGGUUAUCUGUGGAGGAGUUAAUAGUAUGUUAUCACCCUCAAUGUUAAUACCACUCAGCCGAGCAAGAAUGGCAUCACCAAGUGGACACUGCCAUGCAUUCUCUUCAAAUGCAGAUGGGUAUGCCAGAGGGGAAGGAUGUGGUAUAGUUAUAUUGAAAAAACUAGGAGAUGCUAAAAGAGAUUCAAAUAAAAUUUGGGCAACAAUUGCUACUGAUUGUAACCAAGAUGGCCACACAGCAACCCCAAUAACAGCUCCUUCUGCUAGUCAACAAGAAAAUCUUCUUCAUAAAGUUUAUUUAUCAAACAAUGUCAAUCCCCAAGACGUACAAGUGAUAGAAGCGCAUGGAACAGGAACCCCUGUUGGAGAUCCGAUAGAAGCGAACACACUCGGAAGAUUUUUUGGAAAAAAAACAAAUGAUCAAUCUCUAAAAAAACAUGUUGUCUAUAUAGCAUCUGUAAAAACUAAUAUCGGUCACUUAGAAGCAGCAGCAGGGGCAGCUGGGCUAAUAAAAGUGUUAUUAAUGAUGAAAAACGAAACAAUUGUUCCCUCUCUCCAUUUUGAGAAGCCUAAUGAAAAAAUCCAUUUUGAGAAGUAUCACUUUAUUGUUCCAACGCACACUAUUCAAUGGAAACCAGAUGUAAAUAAUCAACGAAUGGCACGAGACCAUCACCAGUAUCGUAUAGCUCUUUUUGCCAACAGUUUAGAAGAUCUGAAACUUAAAUUAAGAAAACAACAGAAUUCAAAUGAACCAAAAUCUAAAGUAAGAUUGAGAUCGCCAAAUAUAAUUGCUGUCUUUUGUGGUGUAGGGACGACAUGGAAGGGAAUGUGCAGUCAGUUGUUGAAAGAAUAUACUGUAGUAAAAAAAGUAGUACAACAAAUUGAUAGCAUUCUUAAUCAGUGGGUUGAGUGGUCAAUUUAUGAUAUUCUAGCUAAUGGCAAAGAUAUUUCUGAUCCUUUAACUGGACACAUAGCUAUUUUUACAUGCCAGAUAGCCCUAUGGUCCCUUUGGAGGUACUGGGGGAUAAAGGUGGAUUCAAUUAUUGGUCAGUCUGUUGGGGAAGUUGCUGCUGUGUAUGCUGCAGGUUGCUUGACAUUGGAAAAUGCAGUUGCGGUGAUAUAUCACAGAUCAAAAAUGCUUUCAACUGUAACAGGAGGCAAAAUGUUUGUCAUAGGAAACUGUGAUACGAAAUACAUCGAGUCUGUUUGUAGCAAAUUUCAAGGAAAGGUCUGCAUUGCGGUAUAUAUCAGUUCUACAUCCUGCACCGUAUCCAGCGAUGCUGAUAUUGUUGAUAUCUUUAAAAAGGCAGUAAAAGAUGGAUUACCCAAGGCUCAAAAAGAAACCUUUUUGCUGACAGACUUAAAUGUACAAUGCGCUUAUCACAGUCAUCAUACCGAAAAAGCAGGAAACGAUUUAGAAAAAAUCGUAAAACGUUUUGUAAGUAAUGAUCCUUCCAUACCCUAUAUUUCAACAGUUACUGGCGAAACAAUUACUGAUGGCAUUGUUAUUGAUGCUUCCUUUUGGAACAAAAAUGUAAGUUGUCCAGUUUUAUUUAAAGAUGCAGUGUCCACUGCCGCAAAUUUUAAAGUAAAAAUCAACGACGUAGUUACACCAUUUGUAUUUGAACACUAUGUCUCAAACACUCCUAUUGUCCCUGGUGCAUUUUAUGCCGAGGUGGCACUUGAAGUAGGACACUUACAUCUACAAAAACGAGUUCAAGAUAUAUGUGUUACAAUCCCGACCAAAACUUUGUCCAUGAAAUUUGAUAACAUUGGAAAAUACAACUACGUGAAAAUGCCACAAGACACUUUAUUCAGAAAGGAGGGUUGUUACAUUGUCAUUGGUGGUUUAACCGGUUUGGGAUGGGAAAUUAUUAGUUUUGCUGCAGGUCGCGGAGCUGGUGAAAUAAUAAGUUUGUCACGUCGAGAUGUUUCUAUUCAACAGCAGAAUGAAUUUGACAUGCUAAGUAAAAGUACCGGAUGUCGUAUUCGAGCAAUGGUAGCAGAUAUAACUGUUUGGGAUGAUGUACAGAAAGUGUUUUUCGAAAUAGAGAAGAGUUCACAAUGCAAAAUCAAGGGCAUUUUUCAAGGUGCCGGUGUACUAAAAGAUACUCUAAGUUCUCGGAUGAACGAAGUCUAUUUGAUAGAUGUACUAAAACCGAAAGUACUUGGAAGCUGGAAUCUUCAUUUGAUAUCAAAAAAGUAUCCUCUUGAUUAUUUUGUUAUGCAUUCAUCAAUGACAUCAGUGAUAGGAAACAUAGGCCAGAGUAAUUAUGGAGCUGCCAAUGCUUUUAUGGAUUGCCUUGCACACUACAGGAGAUUGAAUGGACUAAGUGGGCAAAGUAUAAAUUGGGGCCCAUUAGAUGUAGGUAUGUUGAAAGAUGGAGCAAAUAUAAGAGAAAUCUUAAAACAACAAGGAUAUUUUCCGUUGGAUGUAUCAGACAUUAUGAAGUGUCUACAGAAAAGCCUUCACAACAAAGACGUUGCUGUACUAUAUGAGCAAAAAUUGCAAUCACAGAAAGACGAACUUAUAAAAUUUUGGGAACAUCAAACACCCGCUGUUUUAUGUCCGAUGUCCUUUAAGGGCAGUUCAGGAAUAGAUUUGAAUUUAAAGCAUCUUGAUUUUAUCAAACUCACAGUUGACCAAGAUAUUGCACUAAAAUUAACCAGAUUUAUGAAGAAGCAAAAUGUUAAACUAUUUGAUGUUGUUUCCAACCUCAGUGCUAAUACCAUUCCUUAUCCUGGAUCGGGGGCUUUUUCCUUGCAAGGAACUUUUGGUGAUGUUAUUGUUUCAAAUGGUAUUCUGACAAAUGCAUCGUUCAUAAAGCUGCGAUAUCAUCUCAAACAUGAAACCAAAACAAAUAAAGACGACAACAUUUUGUGGAUGGCUUCUUAUAUCAACAAAAUGAAAAAAAUAACUACGAACCAUACUAACAUAUAUUAUGCACACUCUGAAUCGUUAGACGAGGAGCUUAAUGCAAAUAUUGGGGGAGACAUAGUAUUUUUUUCUUUAACGUUCACCCUGAUGAUUGUUUAUGCUACAACAGCUACAUCGAAUUAUAAGUGCGUUUCUGACAGACAGAACCUUGGUCGAGCAGGAGUUUUAGCGGCGGCAUUUGCUAUUCUUGGAUCUUUUGGACUUAUUGCUGCCUGUGGAUUAGAAUUUGUCAGCAUUGUUGGUACAAUGCCAUUUCUUAUUAUUGGUAUUGGUGUUGAUGACAUGUUUUUGCUGUUAUCUGGUCUUGCAGAAACAUAUGAUUGCAAAACUGCACUAGAACCGGAAGAUCGUAUAAAGAAGACAUUGCGAUCCAGCGGUGUAGGAAUAACCAUAACCUCUUUGACAGACUUGAUAGCUUUUCUUGUUGGUGCAUCGUCGUCUUUCAUAAGCGUCAGAAAUUUUUGCAUAUACACAGGUAUUGCCGUCCUGUUUUGUUAUCUGAAUUAUGUUACGUUUUUUGUUGGUUGUAUGGUGAUCCACGAGAAACGUGUUUCUUUAAGCCGUCAUGCUUGUACAUGUCAACUUAUAUCCCCAAGCAAAAAGGAGGAAAGAAGUAAUUGUCUACAAGGCCAACCAUACAGUUGUAUGUGUACUGGAUCAAUACCAACAAAGCGAAGUGAAGUUGAAGGGCCAUUUGAAAAAUAUCCACCUAAAAUUAUAUCUCGCUUAGUACUUAAAAAACCGAUUAAAGUAAUCAUUCUUGUGGGAUUUGCAGCUUAUUUGGGCAUUUCAAUUUGGGGUGCUACCAAGUUUCAACAAGGCCUUACACUUAAUGAUUUGGUAACGGAGGACUCUUAUUAUUACAGUUACAGUCAAUUGAAUGAAAAAUAUUUUUCAUCAAGCUUUGCAAUUUCUGUUAACAUUCCAAACACUUUGAAAUAUUCUGAUGAUCAGACUUGGAAUAAGAUAUUGACACUUCAAACCUUGCUACAACAAGAUGAAAGAGUAGAAAAUAACUUACGUUUAAAUUGGCUUGCAGAAUUUAGAAAUUCAACUUCUUACGACAAUUCAUCGGAAAUCAAUUUUAUUUCGGCAUUACGUUCAAGUUUCUUACCUAUGAUGCAACAUUUCAAAAAUGAUAUAAAGUUUGAUACUUUCAAUUCAACGAUUGUUGCUUCCAGAUUUUACGUUUUCUCCUUUAACGUCGAAGAUUCUGCUGACCAAGGAGAGUUGAUGAAAAGGGUUAGAAAGACAGCUUCUUCCUCUGUUAUACCAGUGGCUAUCGUAUAUUCUCCUGCUUUCAUCUUUUUUGAACAAUAUGUAGCUAUUUUACCAAAUACCCUUCAAACUCUCGGUAUUGCAACUGUUGUUAUUUUCAUAGUAACGGCUAUCUUUUUGCCUCAUCCGGUACUUGUUCUCUUUGUCACGUUGACAUUGGCAAUGAUCCUUGUAGGGUUGAUUGGUUUUAUGCAUUUUUGGGGCCUCACAUUAAGCUCAAUCACAAUGAUCCAUAUCAUUAUGAGCGUCGGUUUUUCAGUCGAUUUUAGUGCACAUGUGUGUCACGGCUUCAUGGAAUCGGCUAAAUCAAAUAGAGACGAUGGGGCAAAGGGAGCCAUAGUAAGAGCUGGUGGGCCAAUAUUCAAUGGUGCAGUCUCUUCUAUUUUAGGUAUUAUAAUGCUGUCAUUUUCAAAUUCGUUCAUUUUUCGAUCUUUUUUUAAAGUUAUGUUACUGAUAGUUUUGUUUGGGGCAGCGCAUUCUCUUUUGUUUUUACCUGUUAUUCUAUCAUUGUGUGGCCCAAAAUUUAGAAAUAACGGUAAUCAGAAAAACUUAUCGCUACAAGCAGAAAAUGGAAACAAAAAUCAGUCAAGUAGCAAUAUGAAGACUUCUUACAAGAACGAGGCAUUUGGUAGCGAAUUGUCUAUGACAAAUACAAAUUCUGAGCAUGGAAUAGAGUUAACCAAAAUGCAGCCAAGGAAACUUCCUACUCUCCCGCCAAUUUCGCAUAAGCAUUGA